CCCCCUCUCUUUCAGCCGCUUCAGACCUCUUCUGCGAUUCGCUGCAAGGGUUUUAGCCGCAUUUUGCAUCUCGACGAGCAGCAACCAUGGCGGACAGCAGCAAGGUAGAGAAGGCGGUGACCAUCCGCACCCGAAAAUUCAUGACGAACCGCCUCCUCUCCCGAAAGCAGUUUGUUAUCGAUGUCCUCCAUCCCGGAAAGGCCAAUGUCCCCAAGGCUGAAUUGAAGGAGAAGUUGAAAGAUAUGUAUGACGUCAAGGACCCGAAUUCUAUCUUUGUGUUCAAGUUCAGGACACACUUUGGAGGUGGGAAGUCCACUGGUUUUGGGUUGAUUUAUGACUCUGUUGACAAUGCAAAGAAAUACGAGCCCAAAUAUAGACUGAUCAGGAAUGGUCUUGCUACCAAGGUUGAGAAGUCGAGGAAGCAAAUGAAGGAAAGGAAAAACAGGGCCAAAAAGAUCCGUGGUGUAAAGAAGACCAAGGCUGGAGAUGCAGCCAAGGGUGGAAAGAAGAAAUGAGCAGUGGUAGAGCUCGAUGAAGGUGAUGUUAUCGUCAUCUGUGUCGGCAUAUGAGAUCAAUCAUAGUUAAUUUUGAUUUGGGAACUUGUCUGUGUACGUGGUUGGGUGUUGAAAGAUGCUACUGACGCUGGAUUAUAAAUUGACCCAAGUCUAGACUGUUAUAUUCCAAAGUUGUGUACGUGGUUGGGUGUUGAAAGAUGCUACUGACGCUGGAUUAUAAAUUGACCCAAGUCUAGACUGUUAUAUUCCAAAGGGCGAAAUCUACACAUAAUAUAAUACACCGAAGGGAAAAAU